AACAAAUAAACAAACAAACACACACACAUACACACACAGUCUGAAAGACUCUGUAACUGCAGUGAAUAUAAAUCAAACUCAGAAUCAGAAUACAAUUAGAAGAGUUACACGCAGGAAUGGUAUACAGAUGCAGAAGCGAGCAGUAAAAUCACUUUAUCAGCUUCAUUUCUUUGAUGUGUGCUACGAGGCCAAGCUGUUCAUUUCACAACCAUGCCUAAAUGCUGCUUACUCAGAUCAUCUGAAUUGUCUCUAAGAGCUACACCCCUUAGAUCAGACUCAUAUAUGAUCCAAAUGACAGCUUUUUACCACAACGACGGUUUCUCACGAACGAUGAUGUGGCAGCUCACUUCCGUAAUCAUCUGCCUGUCUUUCUCCAGAGCUCUGACACUGAAGUGUUAUCAUUGCUCCCAUGAUUGUGAAACUAACUCAAACACUAUGAACUGCUCACACGCAUGUUCUGUCAACUACGUCAUGUCAUAUGAGAAUGGCAUGAAGAGUGAAUAUGGCUUUAAGUCAUGUGCUGAUAGUGGGGAAUGCAUAAACUAUAGUGUGAACCUGGGAUAUGCCAAACUGGCCAUUAGCCAGGAAUGCUGCAAUUCCGAUCUCUGCAACAGUGGACCUUUUCCAGCUGUAGACCUGCGUCCCAAUGGGAAAAAGUGUUACUUCUGUGUUGGAGACAACUGCUUAGGAAAUCUGCAGUGUGAGGGACUUGAAGAUCACUGCAUCACUUACAUAGAUGCUCUCACUGGCCACGAGCUCAAUAUAAAAGGAUGUGCAAGUAAAAUCCUGUGUGAUUUUUCUCCAUCUGGCCUGGCUUUAACCAGAAUGAUUAUCACCAACAGACAGGUGACUUGGAAGUGCUGUAAGGGGAACCUCUGUAACAGUGCUGCGAGUGCUACACUGAGUUUCUUCCUCGUGUUGCUCUUCCUGCUUUCCUCUUUCCUCCUCUACUGAGCUUGAGGUCAAGUCAGAUCUCUCAGUCUACAUUUCUGUCCUCUCUCGCUGUUAAAUUUAAUGAUAACACUAAUUAUUAUUUUAAUCAACGUUGAUAAUACACUGGCGUCCCAACCAGGAUGUAUUCCCACCUCACACACGACGUUCCUGGGACAUGCUCCAGAUCCAGCGUGACCCUGACAUCUGUAAAGCACUUACUGAAACUGAAAAGUUUCACUACAAUCUCGUGGACAUACAUUGACCUUACCUUAUCAGUUAUCUGUCACACACUUUUUCCUCCACCUACAAUAACGUAUAAAAGAAUAAUUUAUUUUGUCUGAACUGCAAGAGAUGUUGAGGUGUUACACCAGAAAUUGCUGGGAAUGUAAAUCAUGAUAUGGUGUAAUGGUAUUAAAAUUGCAUUAAAAUGUC